CGGGGCGCCAGGAGCAAUCGAGUCGUGAGCGACAGCAGCCGGAACCGCCGUGCUAGAGCCAUACUCGCUAUGGUGCAGAAGAGGCUCGCAGCAGUGACGUCACGGACGCGCCGCCGCCUCGCGUACGGUGGCUGGCGCGGCUCAGUAAGACUUGAGGAGCUGGAGAAACGUGAGCAAGGAGGGAAAAUCUUCAGAGUUCGGCUGCGAGAUAUAAAACAAGGAAUUGCUUUGCACCAAACCAGAACAGAUACAUUGAAGAAAUUGUCAGAAAAAAAUAAUAGGAAAAAGGAAAACAAACUACUGUGUGUUGGAAGGAAGAAGGCAAGCCUGCCCUGGAUAACAGAAGAAACUUUCUCCAUUUGCAUUUCCGUUUGUUCAGGCUGUGGCAGAGGAGGAAUGAUUGUGAAUAGCCUCUCUCUGUGCUACCACAACAAGCUCAUCUUAGCCCCGAUGGUUCGGGUAGGGACUCUUCCAAUGCGCCUGCUUGCCCUGGAUUAUGGAGCAGACAUUGUUUACUGUGAGGAGCUGAUUGACCUCAAGAUGCUUCAGUGCAAGAGAGUUGUCAAUGAGGUGCUCAGCACUGUAGACUUUGUUGCCCCUGAUGACCGAGUGGUCUUCCGCACCUGCAAAAGAGAACAGAACAGGGUGGUCUUCCAGAUGGGAACAUCAGACGCAGAGCGAGCCCUUGCGGUGGCCAGGCUUGUAGAAAAUGACGUAGCUGGUAUUGAUGUCAACAUGGGCUGCCCAAAAGAAUAUUCCACCAAGGGAGGAAUGGGUGCUGCUCUGCUGUCAGACCCUGACAAGAUUGAGAAGAUCCUCAGCACUCUUGUAAAAGGGACAUGCAGACCUGUGACCUGCAAGAUUCGCAUCCUGCCAUCGCUGGAAGAUACCCUGAACCUUGUGAAGCGGAUAGAGAGGACUGGCAUUGCUGCCAUUGCAGUUCAUGGGAGGAAGCGGGAGGAGCGGCCUCAGCACCCUGUCAGCUGUGACGUCAUCAAAGCCAUUGCUGAUGCCCUCUCCAUUCCUGUCAUAGCCAAUGGAGGAUCUCACGACCAUAUCCAACAGUAUUUGGACAUAGAGGACUUCCGACAAGCCACGGCAGCCUCUUCAGUGAUGGUGGCCCGAGCAGCCAUGUGGAACCCAUCUAUCUUCCUUAAGGAGGGUCUACGGCCUCUGGAGGAGGUCAUGCAGAAGUACAUCAGAUAUGCAGUGCAGUAUGACAACCACUACACCAACACUAAGUACUGCUUGUGCCAGAUGCUACGAGAACAGCUGGAAUCACCCCAGGGAAGGUUGCUCCAUGCUGCUCAGUCUUCCCAGGAAAUUUGUGAGGCCUUUGGCCUUGGUGCCUUCUAUGAGGAGACCACACAGCAGCUGGAUGCCCGGCGGGCCAAGCUCUUAGCCAGGACUCCUGAAGAGGCGGGGGAACCAGCUGAAGAUGCCUCUGGUGUCAUUAAAAUGGCUGUCAGGUUUGACCGGAGAGCUUACCCACCCCAGAUCACCCCCAAGAUGUGCCUGUUGGAGUGGUGCCGGAGGGAGAAAUUGGCACAGCCUGUGUAUGAAACGGUUCAACGCCCUCUAGAUCGCCUGUUCUGCUCUGUUGUCACUGUUGCUGAGCAAAAGUACCAGUCCACCUUGUGGGACAAGUCCAAGAAACUGGCGGAGCAGGCUGCGGCCAUCGUCUGUCUGCGAAGCCAGGGCCUCCCUGAGGGUCGGCUGGGUGAGGAGAGCCCCUCCUUGUACAAGCGCAAGAGGGAGGCCCCUGACCAAGACCCUGGGAGCCCCAGAGCUCAGGAGCCAGCACUGUCUGGGGAACUGUGCAAGAAGCCCUUUGUGGACUUGGCAAGUGGUGAAGAGACCCCCCUGGAAGGCCGGUGACUACUGUUCCUGCCCUGGUCUCCCGCUCCGUGGGCCUGGCCCUAAGGUGGCUGUGGGUGCCAGAGCAUGAACCAGAUGCCAUUGGAAAAUUUGCUGUCCCUGCCUGGCAGCAGCUAGAGGUCCUUCCCUGGGCCAUCAGCCUGGAGCAUGGCAGAGGGGGUUCCGGGGGUGGGGUGGGGUGGGGAUCCCAUCUCCUGUGGGAUCUGAAUGGCAGGGCCAUAGUCCCUUUGAAAACAGGAGCUUUCCAGGAGAUACCUCCCCAACCUGACAUUGGUACAGUGCAAUAAAAGACACUCUCCACCCUCACCCACGGCUGGUUCUUCAGCCUUGGGCAUCUUUAUACACA